AUGCAGCAGGAAGAAGAACAAUAUUCUUGUUUAGAGGAGUUCUUUAUUGACAGUUGCAGAUUUGGAGAUUAUGAAGAUGCGAUUGGAUGCUUUGAAGAUAAUGUUGAUUUAUUUUGGAUUGACAUUAAUUAAAAUAAUUGCAUUCAUAUGGUAUCGGCUAAUGGUCAUUUAUCUAUUCUUGUAGAAAUUAUCUAGUAUUCAAAAAAAAACAAUAUUGAUCUGCAUAAACUAAUAAAUCAUUAAAAUCAAUAUGGUUGUACCCCUCUACAUUGGGCUGUAUUCAAUAAUUAAUUAGCUAUAAUACCAGUAUUGUUGUAGAAUGGAGCAGAUAUUUCAAUCAAAAACUUAAACGGAUUAACAUGUAUAGACGAAGCUGUCUCACUUGAUAAAACAGAAGUUGUAGAAUUGUUAUCAAAAAAUAUAUCUUUAACCGAAGACUAAUAAUAGACCUUUAAUGAAGCUACUGAUAUAAUAGAAUAGGAUGAUGAAGAUUCAGUUGAAUGA